AUGUCUAUAAUUGGUCCCGAGAGGACACCACAGACGACAGCUCGAGGCUUGGCAGCGAUUAUGGCUGAUUGCUCUCAAGGAGCUCAAUAUAGAACUGUCAAGUUUUUUAUCCAAGAAAUUGAUAUUGCAAUGAGUUUGACCUUGGCUCAUAGUGAGCAGAUCGCGUCGCUCAAGUGGUCUGCAAGCUAG